AGAGAGAGAGAGAGAGAGAGAGAGAGAGAGAGAGAGAGAGAGACACACACACUGAGGGGUGUGUCAUAGCAAUUUAGUUCCUCAAGGAAGUACAACUCAACACUAUCUUAAGACGGGGUGGCAGCCCUGACAGAAGCGCUGCAGGAGGGCGACUUUCUUCAGCUUCUUGAGGUUCUGCUGGCGGUGAAGAUGAAGGGAUCGAAUUAAAUCAACCCGAGAGAGAGAGAGAGAGAGAGAGAGAGAGAGAGAGAGAGAGAGAGUUCGGGAGGGGGGCGGUCGCCAUGGACGCCUUCAGCUCCAAGGACAUGGCCUUGAGGGCGCAGAAGAAGAUCCUCAGCUCCAUGGCCACCAAGAGCUCCGUCCAGAUGUUCAUCGACGACACCACCAGCGAGAUCCUGGACGAGCUGUACCGCGUCUCCAAGGAGUACUCGGGGAGCAAGUCGGAGGCCCAGAAGGUGAUCAAGGACCUGAUCAAGAUCGCCGUGAAGAUCGGACUGCUGUUCCGGAACAACCGCUUCAGCACCGAGGAGCUGGGCGUGGCCACGGACUUCAAGAAGAAGCUGCACCAGGGGGCCAUGACGGCCAUCAGCUUCCACGAGGUGGACUUCACCUUCGACAAAGCCGUGAUGGCGGACCUGCUGACCGGCUGCAGGGACCUGCUCCUGAAGCUGGUCCGCACCCACCUGACCCCCAAGUCCCACGGCCGCAUCAACCACGUCUUCAACCACUACGCCGACCCGGAGCUGCUGACCAAGCUGUACGAGCCCGGCGGCGCCUUCACGCACAACCUCGCCAAGAUCUGCCGGGGACUCGACAAGCUGGUGGAGGACGGGACGAUAUGAACGAUGACGAUGACGAUGAUGGCACACAGACACGGGGAGAUCCACGUUCCAAGACUCUGUUGGACUAGAUCUUCAUGCGGCGGAGGACCGAACCGCAGCAAUAAAACUCUUUGGCUCAUUCCCUCAAGUUAUUAACGCUCGUAGGUGAUGUGUCGUGUAUUGUUGUCAUGUAAAAAAAAAAAGAAACUAAAAAAAAAAAAAUACUUGAAUACAAACCGGUUUAGACCGCAUCAGCUGUUAGAUCACGAACAGUCGUCCAAUGUAAAUACUGGAGACCUUGAAAUGUUCUGAACUACUGAGGAGGAGGAGGAUGAUGAUGAUGAUGAUGAUGAUGAGGAGGCCACUGUAAUGCUGGGCCGCCACCUGGUGGUCAACACGAUGCUCACACAGACUGUAUUUACAGGAUGAGUCAAAGCAGCCGGUAAUAAAAGCGAAUGAACGUCACAGGAGACACUUUGCAGCCUCCGCUUCAAAACAUGUUUAGAUGAUGAUGAACAACAACAACAACAACAACCACCACAUACAAAACAAGCAGGUAUGUUCAUCCUGUAUUUUUAUGUUUUUAUGAUGAUUGGCUGUGGUGUUACAAAAAAAAAAAAAAACGGUUGAACACUCUACUUUAUAGAAAAGUCAAAUAUAAAUUAAAGAGUUUAACCACUAA